AUUCUUAUAUACUUACAGUCUGUCAAUGAAUCAAGGUUCGUUUGUUUUGAUAUAAUUUCACAUCAAUGAUUUUUAUAUCAGUUGCAAUGUCUCAAUUGUUGUUUAAAGCUUCUACAAAAAAUGGUAAAAUUACUUGUUCGAUGCUUAACCAGGUUCAAGUACAAUGCAAGCACACGGUCAACACGCCACUACAAAAAAUACGCGAGCGACUAGAAAGCGGUCCAAGUUUCCAGGAUUUUGUGCAGAAUCCUUCCUAUAAUCGAGAUGAUUGGAGUGACUAUGAUGGAAAGCUUAGAAGGGACAAAGGGGAAAAUGAUCGGCUGCGAUUACCACCUUGGCUUAAAACUAAGAUCCCCAUGGGAAAGAAUUACAGUCGCAUAAAAGAUCAACUUAGAGAGCUCAAAUUGGCAACAGUCUGUGAAGAAGCCAAGUGUCCUAAUAUUGGUGAAUGCUGGGGCGGAGGAGAACAUGGAACACAAACGGCCACAAUAAUGUUAAUGGGCGAUACAUGUACUCGAGGUUGUCGUUUUUGCAGCGUAAAAACAGCACGGGCUCCUCCUCCAUUGGAUCCUGCCGAGCCUAAAAAUACAGCGAACGCUAUCGCCUCAUGGGGCUUAGACUAUAUUGUACUUACAUCAGUGGAUCGCGAUGACUUGUUAGACGGAGGAUCGAAUCACAUAGCUCAAACUAUUCAAGAAAUUAAAAAACAAACUCCUCGUAUUUUCGUUGAAUGUUUAGCUCCGGACUUUCGAGGUGAUUUGGAAUGCGUCAAGACUAUCACUCUUUCUGGUUUAGACGUAUACGCUCAUAAUAUUGAAACAGUAGAAGCACUGACUCCUUUUGUGAGAGAUCGAAGAGCCCAGUAUAGACAAAGCUUGAAAUGUUUACAGAGUGUGAAAGACAUAAAACCAACCAUGAUUACUAAAACAUCUAUAAUGCUAGGAUUGGGGGAAACUGAUGAACAGAUUGAGCAAACAAUGAAAGAUCUACGUAGUGUAGGUGUUGAUUGCCUUACACUCGGUCAGUACAUGCAACCUACCAAACGUCAUCUUAAAGUUAUUGAAUACGUCACACCAGAGAAAUUCAAGCAUUGGGAGACACUGGGCAAUAAGAUGGGUUUCCUGUAUACUGCCAGUGGUCCAUUGGUUCGAAGUUCAUAUAAAGCAGGAGAAUUUUUCAUUACUAGCAUACUAAAAAAUCGGGCCGAGGAAACGAAGACACAUGAAAUGCGAACUGAUCAGCAUUAAAAAUAUUUUGUGAUAUUAUUUUGUUGAAAAAAUGAGACCGUUUUCUAUUCGUACUACUGAAUAAAAGUACUCUGUUCUGACUGUUCAUAUUUUAUGCUUUGUUGUAUUAUGACUAGUGAAAAACUACUCAUAUUUGUUACAGAAUUGCAGUCUAGUUAUUUGUAUAAGUCCGCUUUA